CCCAGUGUGAGUGUUUGAAUGAGCGUGUUUGCUGCCACAGGUGUCACACACUAGACUCUCUGCUUUGGAAUAAAUGAAAAGCUUCAAAAUCUGGAUAUUUACAUGAAUUAGCGAUGCCCUGUGUACAAACCCAGUAUGCUUCCCUGCCCCAUGACAACUACUUCAGCUCUGAGUUCUUGAAUCCUGACCUCAGUGCCAAACUGAUGAUGGACAUCAGUGGCCAGAAGGACCAGCUGUCUACAUCGUUGUUGCCCAGCAUCAACACCUUGGUGGGAAAUGGCUAUGUGGGGGAGUUUGAUGCCUAUUCCUGCAAGAUUACCACGUCUCCGCCGGCCUCUACCAUUCCCUUCAAUCAUGCCAUGGCAGAUGAAAGCCCCAGCCCUCAGAUGCAGAACCAAGCCUUCAAGCUGGACGAUCUCCAGGUAUAUGGCUGUUACCCCGGCUCCUUCGCGUUCAGCUGCCUCGAUGAAACACUGUCGUCGUGUGGCUCUGACUACUAUGGCAGCCCGGUUUAUGCUGCUGCUUCUCCUGCAACACCAGGCUUUCAGACACAGUCUGCACCGUCCUGGGAUUCCCCUUUCAGCCCCUACCCACCGGCCCCUCCCUCCUCUGUGGCCGAUAAGGCCCCCAUGGCUCAGCAGCUCUCCUUUUUCACCUUCAGCCCCACGCCGGAACAGCACUCGCCCUUGGGGCAGCAUCAGGAUGCUCCGUCAGGACAGGACGACCCUUUCUUCUUGUCUCACCAGCAACAUGUCUCUCCACUUCAUUGUCCCCCCAUGUCUCUGGAUCAUGGGCCUCUGGAAAGCCCCAGGAUAGUAGAGGGGACAAUGAUGUCCCCCAAAACCCAGAAUGCAGGAUCCAGUGAGGGGCGCUGUGCUGUCUGUGGCGACAAUGCUUCCUGUCAGCACUACGGAGUCCGCACAUGUGAGGGCUGCAAAGGUUUCUUCAAGCGAACUGUGCAGAAAAAUGCAAAGUAUGUGUGCCUUGCUAACAAAGACUGUCCGGUGGACAAGAGGAGGAGAAACCGCUGCCAGUUCUGCCGUUUCCAGAAAUGUCUCACAGUGGGAAUGGUCAAAGAAGUUGUUCGCACAGACAGCCUCAAAGGCCGCCGGGGUCGUCUGCCAUCCAAACCCAAGACUGUGGCUGAGGCUUCGUCCACAACACCCAGUGUCAACAUCAUAUCCUCGCUCGUCAGGGCUCAUUUAGACUCUAACCCUACCACUGGAAAGCUCGACUACUCCAAAUACCAGGAGAAUGUGGACAACCCCAAAGAAAAGGAGGAUGCUGGAGACGUCCAGCAAUUUUAUGACCUUCUGACUGGUGCUAUGGAUGUGAUCAGAAAAUGGGCUGAAACGAUCCCAGGAUUCACAGACUUCUGCACAGAAGACCAGGAGCUGCUCCUUGAAUCUGCCUUCGUUGAACUCUUCAUACUCCGACUUGCUUACAGGUCAAAUCCAGAGAAGAACAAGUUGAUCUUCUGCAACGGUGUGGUCCUCCACCGACUGCAGUGCGUUCGCAGUUUUGGUGACUGGAUUGACUCCAUCAUGGAUUUCUCCCUCAGUCUUCACCGCAUGAAAUUAGACGUCUCCUUGUUUUCCUGCCUUGCGGCGCUUGUUGUCAUCACUGAUCGCCAUGGACUCAAGGAGCCCAAACGGGUCGAGGACUUUCAGAGUCAUCUCAUCACUUGUUUAAGGGAACACUUAAGUGGAUCAGAUAUGACCAGGACCCAACCCAACUAUCUUUCUCGUCUUCUGGGCAAACUUCCCGAACUGAGAACUCUGUGCACACAAGGCCUGCAGCGCAUCUUUUACCUGAAACUGGAGGACUUGGUCCCUCCUCCACCAAUUGUGGAGAAAAUCUUUAUGGAUACUCUGCCCUUCUGAAAAAAAACAAGCGUUUAAUAUGUAAAGACUGAUUUACACACAAAAACUGUGAGGCCCUGAACUCUGCUGGUGAACCUCCUUCUAGCACACUGACCCGUGUGCUGAGAGACCAUUAUUUUUCUAACAUCACAUCUUAAAAUUUUAUAUAGUACCUGUGUGAGUACUACAUAAACAGUUAUUUCAGUGUCAGACAGAACUGGAAUGGUAUAAGCACUUCUGGACACAGUUUAUAUAUAUUAUAUUUUUGGGUGCAUUUGUAAAAUGACGAUAUUGCUGUGCUGUAGAUGUGAAUGUUGCUAUGCAGCUAAAGAGACAAGGGUAUUUGGGUAGAUGCAAUGUAGUGUUACAUGCUCGGAAACACACUAAUUUCUUAAAAAGCGUGUUGUUACUUUUUUUAAAAUGACUUUAGUCCUGUUUGUUAAAAAGAAAAAAACAACUGUGGAGUCCUACUUUAUUUGUUAAUAAUUCCCCUUCCUUGUGCCACAAAUGAUAGUUUUAGUCAUAAUCUUUCUCCUGUGGAAGGUCUCGGACCAAAGUUUACUCUUAUUUUGAUAGAUUCAGUUUCAAACCUUAUUGCCUUAAAACCAAGCAAAAUGUUCCACCAUAACUCUUGUGCUGCCACCUUGUAAAGGCUGAUGCUGGCAGAGCUUCUGCUCAGCUGCGUUUCCCUGUAAUAACGUACUUCUCUGGCUUUUGAGAACUAAAUUUGACUUGUUGAAUGAAAACGCAAAGUGCCUUUUAUAAAGCCAUAGUUUGUGAAUCACAUUUGUGAAUCAAUUUUUA